AUGGCCGCCUGUUAUUAUAGUAAAAUCGAGAUGUUACACGAAGACCAGAGGAAGAAGCGUAAUAAAAAUAUUAUUGCAGAAAUAAUAAUUCCAAUGCGUCAAUCGAUACAAAUAAUUUCGACAAGGGCCGAAUUAGGAAAACUAGAGCCCGUGUUACAUUUGUUUAUGAUGAAAUUAACAUUGUUUGGCUCAAAACGAAAGUUGCUUGCAGGAAGAUUAUUAAUCUUUUAA